AUGCUUAAGGAAGAUUAUGGUUACCCAGAUACUCUUGACUUUAGUGACAGAUAUAAAGAAGCUAUUAGAAAGUUCAAGGAAGGAAAUACUGACCCGAACCUAUUUAGCUUUAUGGUUGAGCAUCAAAUCGGAUAUAAUCUCAAACCUGGAAAAUACAAGCUCGCUAAGGGAUAUGAUUUAAUAGCAUAUCAUCCAAAUGACAUGAAUGAAUUUACUCCGAGAUAUUUGAUGUCAGAGCUAAAUGAUAAUUCAACUCUCUUCAUGAAACGCGUAAAAAAUAGAGACGGAACGAAAGAAGAAAGGUUUAUGAGUCCGGAUGACUUAGAUAGGGAACUUGUUAAAAACGGUCUCGGAAUAUAUGAAAUGCCAGCAGAUGAGGUACAAGAAACUCCACAGGAAGAAGUUCAGAUACAACCAGACAUGGAAGAAAUAGUUCAGCAACAACAGCUAGAAGAGCCUGAAGGAAACGAACAAGUCCCUCCUUUGGAAACUAACUUCACAGAACUAGAUGAAGAUUUGGAACAGCCGAAAAAUCUUGACCCUCAACAAGAGUAUGAG